AUGGAAAACAUUGAAGAUGUCCCAAUUGAAGUCUCCAAGGUCUUCGACACCAUAUUGGUCUUGGAUUUUGGUUCUCAAUAUUCUCAUUUAAUUACCCGUCGUUUGAGAGAGUUCCAAGUAUACGCUGAAAUGUUACCUUGUACUCAAAAAAUUGCUGAAUUGUCUUGGAAGCCAAAGGGUAUUAUUCUUUCUGGUGGUCCUUACUCAGUUUACGCUGAAGAUGCUCCUCAUGUCGAUCAUGACAUCUUUAAAUUAGGUGUACCAAUUUUAGGUAUUUGUUAUGGUAUGCAAGAAUUAGCCUGGAUCAAUGGUAAAGGUGUUGCCAGAGGUGACAAAAGAGAAUAUGGCCCAGCUACCUUAAAUGUAGAAGAUCCUUCCUGUGCUUUGUUUAAGGACGUCGACCACUCACAAGUAUGGAUGUCUCAUGGUGAUAAAUUACAUGCGUUACCAACAGGUUUUAAAGUUGUUGCCACUUCCGAUAACUCUCCAUACUGUGGGAUUUCUAAUGAAGAAGAAAGGAUUUAUGGUAUUCAAUUUCAUCCUGAAGUCACUCAUACUGCUCAAGGUAAGAAAUUAUUAAGAAAUUUUGCCGUUGAUAUUUGUCAAGCCAACACCAACUGGUCUAUGGAGAACUUCAUCGACACUGAAAUUGCCAGAAUUAAGAAGUUAGUUGGUCCAACAGCUGAAGUUAUUGGUGCUGUUUCUGGUGGGGUCGAUAGUACUGUAGGUGCCAAGAUCAUGAAAGAAGCAAUCGGUGAUCGUUUCCAUGCCAUUUAUGUUGACAACGGUGUCAUGAGAAAAAAUGAAACUGAAACCGUUAGAAGAACUUUAACUGAAGGUUUGGGUAUCAAUUUGAAUGUUGUUGACGCCAGUGACUUAUUCUUAGAUAGAUUAAAGGGUGUGACAGACCCAGAGAAGAAGAGAAAGAUUAUUGGUAAUACGUUCAUUCACGUUUUCGAAGAUGAAGCUGCUAAAAUCAAACCACAUGACGGUUCUGAAAUUGAGUAUUUGUUACAAGGUACUUUAUAUCCAGAUGUUAUUGAAUCUAUCUCUUUCAAAGGUCCAUCUCAAACUAUCAAGACCCACCACAACGUUGGAGGAUUAUUGGAAGACAUGAAGUUGAAAUUAAUUGAACCAUUGAGAGAAUUAUUUAAGGAUGAAGUUCGUCAUUUAGGUGAAUUGUUAGGAGUCCCAACAGACUUAGUUUGGAGACAUCCAUUCCCAGGUCCAGGUUUAGCUAUUAGAGUUUUGGGAGAAGUUACUAGAGAACAAGUCAAGAUUGCUCGUGAAGCCGAUGCCAUUUUCAUUGAAGAAAUCAAAAAGGCUGGCUUAUACAGAGAAAUCUCUCAAGCUUUUGCUGCUCUUUUACCAGUUAAAUCUGUUGGUGUCAUGGGUGACCAAAGAACUUACGAACAAGUUAUCGCUUUGAGAGCCAUUGAAACAGUCGAUUUCAUGACUGCCGAUUGGUUCGUUUUUGAAGCUGCAUUCUUAAAGAGGGUUGCAUCUAGAAUUGUGAACGAAGUUGAUGGUGUUGCUCGUGUCACAUACGAUAUUACUUCCAAGCCACCUGCUACUGUUGAAUGGGAAUAA